GAUCGAUCACCGGUUGUUUCUCCACAGCUUUCUUUAUUCCAACUGCCUUUCCUCCAAAACUCCCAACCUUCAAUUCCACCUCCACAUUUAUCAAACACACGCUCUAAACUUGGAGAAAAUUGAGGCUAAGAAUACCAAGGUCAACGAAGACUUGUUCUUCUGCCCACAUCCUUUGUUUUUUCAGGAAGUUUCUUUGUCCCAAAAAAAAUGUCAGCCCUUGUGGGAGCUAUUUCCAAAGAUUUCACUUUCAAUCCUGUAAUGGAGAAAGAGGAGAACAAGGAUGGCGAACCAACCCGUGAAUGUGAUGACUCAGAGAAGCCUGACGAUGAGGGUCGUGAAGAUGAUGAGGAUGAUGAGGCGGAAGAGGAUGGCAAGCCCAAAUCUGAGAAAGAGUUGGAGAAUAAAGAAUUGGAACUUGGUCCUCAGGUCUCUCUUAAGGAGCAGCUUGAGAAAGAUAAGGUUUAUUCUCUCUCAGUUUCCAUGUUUAUAUUGAAAUGUACUCCGCUUGAUGAUUUUGUCUUUCUGUUGCUUUCAAAGGAUGACGAAAGUUUGAGAAGAUGGAAGGAGCAGCUUCUUGGCACUGUUGAUUUCUCUGCUGUUGGAGAGAGUAAUGAGCCUGAGGUUCGAAUACAAAGCCUCUCAAUCCUGUGUAAGGACCGCCCUGAUCUGGUGUUUGCAAUUCCAUUAGCUGCCAAUUCCAAGGACCGUCUCUUCACCCUCAAGGAAGGAAGCCGAUACCACCUCAAGUUCUCCUUUGUCGUCUCUAACAACAUCGUCUCCGGCCUUAAAUAUAUACACACUGUCUGGAAGACUGGUAUUAAAGUGGACAAUACAAGAAUAAUGCUGGGAACUUUCAGUCCACAACAAGAGCCAUAUACUUAUGAGUUGGAAGAAGAAACUACUCCUUCAGGCAUGUUCGCAAGGGGUUCAUAUUCUGCAAGAAGCAAGUUUAUAGAUGAUGAUAGAAAAUGCUAUUUGGAUUUCAGUUACACCUUUGACAUUCAAAAAAACUGGCCAUCAGCCUCUUGAGGUUCAUCUUUUUUACCUUCUUCUUGUGCUUCAUCAUUGGCUUUUGUACUACUUCAAGUGAUCAAUUUAGUGAGAUUUUCUUCCUCUGGAUUUGCUGUAUCCUGUGGUCUUCUCCAACUGGAAAAAUGUGACCCAUUUUUUAAUUUAAUUUGAAGUUAUUGUACAUGUUCUUAAUUUCUUUUCA